AUGGGUGAAACUCUAGGAGAUUCUCCUAUUGACCCAGAGAGCGAUUUCUUCACUGAUAUACUGUCUGCAAGCACUUCACGAGAAAUUACCAUGGUUGACACCGAGAUGCCGUUUUGGCCCACCAGCUUUGGAAUCAGCUCGGUGGAUCUUUCUGUGAUGGACGACCACUCCCACUCCUUCGACAUCAAGCCCUUCACCACUGUUGAUUUCUCCAGCAUUUCCACUCCACACUAUGAAGACAUUCCAUUCACAAGAGCCGACCCAAUAGUGGCUGAUUACAAGUAUGACCUGAAGCUCCAAGAGUACCAAAGCGCAAUCAAAGUGGAGCCCGCAUCUCCACCUUAUUAUUCUGAAAAGACUCAGCUCUAUAACAAGCCUCAUGAAGAGCCUUCCAACUCCCUCAUGGCCAUCGAAUGCCGUGUCUGUGGAGAUAAAGCUUCCGGGUUCCACUAUGGAGUUCAUGCUUGUGAAGGAUGCAAGGGUUUUUUCCGAAGGACAAUCAGAUUGAAGCUUAUUUAUGAUAGGUGUGAUCUUAACUGUCGGAUCCACAAAAAAAGUAGAAAUAAAUGUCAGUACUGUCGGUUUCAAAAGUGCCUUGCUGUGGGGAUGUCUCAUAAUGCCAUCAGGUUUGGGCGGAUGCCACAGGCUGAGAAGGAGAAGCUGUUGGCGGAGAUCUCCAGUGAUAUCGACCAGCUGAACCCAGAGUCCGCUGAUCUCCGGGCCCUGGCAAAACAUUUGUAUGACUCAUACAUAAAGUCCUUCCCGCUGACCAAAGCAAAGGCGAGGGCGAUCUUGACAGGAAAAACAACAGACAAAUCACCAUUUGUUAUCUAUGACAUGAAUUCCUUAAUGAUGGGAGAAGACAAGAUCAAGUUUAAACACAUCACCCCCCUGCAGGAGCAGAGCAAAGAGGUGGCCAUCCGCAUUUUUCAGGGGUGCCAGUUUCGCUCUGUGGAAUCUGUGCAGGAGAUCACAGAGUACGCCAAAAAUAUUCCCGGUUUUGUGAACCUUGACUUGAAUGACCAAGUAACUCUCCUCAAGUAUGGUGUCCAUGAGAUCAUUUACACGAUGCUGGCCUCCUUAAUGAAUAAAGAUGGGGUUCUCAUAUCAGAGGGCCAAGGAUUCAUGACGAGGGAAUUUUUAAAGAGCCUGCGAAAGCCCUUUGGUGACUUUAUGGAGCCAAAGUUUGAGUUUGCUGUGAAGUUCAACGCACUGGAAUUAGAUGACAGCGACUUGGCAAUAUUUAUAGCUGUCAUUAUUCUCAGUGGAGAUCGCCCAGGUUUGCUGAACGUGAAGCCCAUUGAGGACAUACAAGAUAACCUGCUGCAAGCCCUGGAGCUCCAGCUCAAACUGAACCACCCCGAGUCCUCCCAGCUCUUUGCCAAGCUGCUGCAGAAAAUGACAGACCUCAGACAGAUUGUGACGGAACAUGUGCAGCUAUUACAAGUGAUAAAGAAGACGGAGACGGACAUGAGUCUUCACCCCCUCCUACAAGAAAUCUACAAGGACUUGUAUUAGCAGAGAAGUCCUGAUCCACUGACAACAUUUUCCUUCCCAUUGCACUAUUAUUUUGAGGGAAAAUCU